UAAUAAAUACAUUAUUUUAAAAGCAUAAUAAUAUGGUUUUUUCGGUUUAUUUUUUCACGUAUCGACCAAAUUUUAAAGAAAAGUGGUGUUCGAUUAAUCUAGCAUUACGUUCAGGUUGAAUUAUCGAGAGAAAAUUUCGAUGUUUGUGUAGGCGGCUCGAGAAAAUAAUAUGAAUCCUCGUGAAAAUCCUGUUAUCGAAAUACCAAAUUGAAUCUCAAUCUAGUUUUGCCCAGAAUCUGCAGAUGAGUAUAAAAAGAUAGGCAAAGUGCAGAUGGGAUGCGAGCUGGAAACCCUUUAACUAUUUGGCAAAUAAUAUUCGUAAUAGGUAACUCGAGUCUCGCCACUCAUUAGGACACUUAGGAGGGUAAUUCGAAUUACAAUGUUAACAGCUUAUCCAGUUUUGGAGACAAACAACGAAGACGUGUUGGUCUGAUGGUCAUAUUCGUGUGAUCGCGAGCAGCAGAGCAGCAGAGAGAAGAAAAAAAAACCUUAAAACCUAUAUUGUAUAGAGAGACGGAGCGGUGCGCGUCUCUCGAACAGGCAACAACUCAUAAAAACUCAUUGAUAUAUCAAAACCUUCCGUUGCCAGACGUACGAACGAACGCGAUAAACAAGGAAAUGUAAUUAUAUUCUCGUCGUCGUCGUCGUAUCCGAGCUCGACAAACAAUUCGUUUUACUUACUGAUGCAAAAAUGGCGAAACAUCUCCCGCUGAUUUUCAUCGUUCUAUUGACCGCAUUGAUCGAAUCAAUGGUGGGUGAUACGAAUGCAACUGCACCGCCGCCGUCCCCUUUGACGGAGAGCAAGGCCAAAACCGAAACUGAAGUGGAAGCGAUAGCAGUGGCAGGAAUAUUGAAUUUUACGAUGGAAUUUCAAAAAAUUCUAGGUCACUUGAGUAGUUCCGAUGGUAACGUUUUGUUCGCCCCAGUCAACUUGAUCGGUACAUUGGCUACUCUUCUACUCGGAGCUGAUGGCGAAUCGAAGAACGAAAUUCUACACGUCUUGGGACUAAUUUCCGGCCGAAGUUUACUAAACAAAGAGGAGAAAAUCCACAACACUUUGGGUAAACUGCUGCAUAAAUUCGUUGCCGAACACGAAAACAAUACAGCGAUCAAGGUUUUGCUAGCGAAUAGUCUUUUCAUCGAAAAAAAUGCCACCGUGGGAAAGAAAUUCAUAAAAUCGGCUCAAGAAUAUUACGAUAACGAAGUUACUGCAGUCGAUUUCGGAGCAGGUGGCAACGCUGCAGUGAAUCUCAUCAACCAAUGGGCUGCGAAUCAUACGAAUGGUAUAAUAAAUCAAAUAAUCGAACCUCCAUUGAUGCCAAAUACUCUGAUGAUUAUUGCCAGCACGUUAUUCUUCAAUGGCGAAUGGGAUCAGCCUUUUUACGAAAAUUCCACUUGGCAACAUUUUUACACCGAUGACGGUAUAAUUCAAGUUAAAAUGAUGGUUAACAAAGGGCCUGCUUUAAUUUACGACGAUCCAGUGAAGAAAUUCUCAGUCUUGGGUAUACCGUACAAAGGAAAAGACGUAUACAUGUAUUUAAUCCUCCCUUACAAAGAUGUGCCGAUCCAUUCGUUGAUAAAUAUCCUGACUCCGAAGGAUAUAACCGAUAUCGCAGCUAAAGCAACCCUCGAGCAAGAAGUCACGUACUUGGUGCCAUAUUUAGAAUUAUCCGAAAGCAUCAACGUUGAAACAGCUCUCAAACACGCCGGAGUACAAACGCUUUUCGACGCUGAUAAAGCUAAUUUGAACAAUAUCGCUAAAGGUAUUCAUGUAAGCGAUGCUAUUCAUAAAGUCAACUUACAUGUGACUGAAGCCGGAAGUACAGGGGCAGCAGCCACGACAAUCAGUAUCGAAACCAGAUUUCCGGAUAGAAAUGUGUUCAAUUUCAACAGGCCGUAUGCAUUUUACGUGUAUCAUAAAUCGACGACGUUGAUUUCAUUCUGGGGAACGGUGGCCAUCCCAACUCCUCAUAAAAAGUUGUGAAUUAUGUUACGAACAGACCUGUAAAUUAAUUACUUUCAUUAUAUCGUAAUUAUUUUAAUAAAAGUUAUAAAAUUCAA